GUGGUUGAUAGGAUCAACCAAAUCAUUGCAGCAGACACUGAAAAUGAAUCUAUUUCCUUGGUGAGGGAACAUUUGAAGCUUCAAGUCUUUGACUCUGGACCUGUCUUUCCAAAAGGAAGCAGCGUCCUAACUGCUGUUGAUGAAGGAAUUUCCAAUCCAAUUGCUAAGAAUGUGUUGAAGGUUUGUGUUUCAUCUGCUGACAGCAUAGGCUUACUUUCUGGAGGAGAGUCUUCAAAGGGUACCAAGUUUUGGAGACGAAUGAAAGAAACCAGGCUUGAGAGCUGCCGUCCAGCCCAAGCGUAUGUCUACAGCUUGGAAGAUAACAUUUGUGACAUUGAUGAUUUAAAGGAUCUUAUCUCUUACCGCAAGGAAUUGUCUCCAUGCUCAAGAAUCUCAGUGUUGGAAUUCAAGACUGGUGUUCACUGCAACCUUCUUCGAGAGCAUGAAAGUAUGUACUGUGAGUUUGUCAAGGGAUUGGUGAAGAACAUUCAAAUGGCAUCAUAA